AUGUCCUCAAGCUUCCAAUUCAUCAGAAACCAGGUCAUUCGAUCUCGCAUGAUGUACCCAAACCUUUUCCCGACGCUCAUCAUGACAGCAAAGAAGUUGCUAGCCGUCUGCAGAGCUAAUCCAAGCUAUGUCACACCUUUCGCGCUCGCCAGCGCCGUCUUCGGCUUCACCUUCUCCCCAGAAGCCUCUCGCUGCAGACCUUACUGUAACACCUACUUCUCCAAGAUGACCGACACAUUCUCCGUGGACCUCCCCACGGUCAUCUGUCUCCUGUUUUCCCUGGGGAUGAUGCCAACCGCCUACUUCCUCACCAACUACCUCCUCCCCGCCGAUAAAACCAGAGGCCGCGACCGCUUCCUCUUCGCCUGGCACACUUACGAUGCCCUGACCCACAUCUUCAUUGAGGGUUCCUUCCUUUGGGAAUGCUUCACUAGCUGGGCUCCCGUCGCCGGUAUCCACAGCACAGAACCCUUCUUCCUCAACCGGCCUGAUCGCAAUUACGGCCCCGCGUACGGAACCGGCCCCGCUGCACGUUUGUGGCAAGAAUACGCCAAGGCUGAUCGUCGCUGGGCUGGUGCUGAUAUUACGGUCGUGUCGCUGGAGCUUCUGACCGUUGUUUUGGGUGGACCGGCUGCUAUCUACAUCUGUUAUCUGAUUGUGAAGGCCAAUGGCAAGCUUGCGUCGCAGGUGCGGGGGGCUAUCAAGGCUAAGCUUUGGUUUGCUUCCACUGUGCUUGCAACUGCAGAGCUGUAUGGAGGGUUCAUGACCUUUGCGCCGGAGUGGUUGACUGGCUCGACUCAGCUUGCUACUCAUGACUUUGUUUACAAGUGGCUGUAUCUUUAUUUCUUCAAUGGGCUUUGGGUGUGUAUCCCCCUUUGGGUCUUGUUGCAGACUUGGAACGAGAUGAAGGCUGCUUUCGUGAUGAAGGAGGGCGUUGAGAAGUCUGACCACCGGAAGAGACAUUAG